AUGGGCGGGGGUGACGUUGGAGCGGCAUUCACCACCGCUUUGGCUCGAACUGGCACAACGUUGACGUCGAAGGACCUAGUGGAGCAGUAUCCCUCGUGUCCCCCGCCUUCUUCUGCCAGCAAACCCAUCGUCCUAGAGCAGUGCAAGUUCUUCGACUUGUUCGACGCGGACCCAAAAGAAGCUCGAGAAGAAAUGAGGAAGAAGCGUCAGGAAGUCCGGGAGACACAUGGAGAUCGUUACCUGCGUACUAUCCUGGAGUCUAACCGCCACCGUCCACUGAGGAAGAAUCGCUGUUACGAUUUCCGCCUGACCUUUGGCGUUUGGCACGCCCGAUUUGGAUGA